AUGGACAACUUUUGGUACGAUUCUUCAUCAUCGAAUUAUUCGAGCUUCUCACGUGUUAUGUUUGGUGGUUCACCACGACAUCAUAAUUUUGAAACACCAUAUGCUUAUCGUGCACUCUAUCGACAACGACUAUUUCACCGAGCAAAGUCAGUCGGUCCAGUUUCUAUUCCUGAAACAACUCGUGUCGAACAUCGAGAUGUUAGUUAUAGUCGACGUCCAGUACACGAAGUGUCAACUGAACUAUGGAAAGAACCUGAUUCGAAACCAAUAUUUACAUUCAUGCUUCGACCACGUCUUAUUCAAGAAGGUAUUGGAUGUAAAUUGAUUUGUUGUGUUAGUGGUAAACCUCCACCAAAGGUGCAAUGGUUUAAAGAUCGUACACAAUUAAGUGAUAAUGAUUCACAUUAUGUAACAUCUUAUGUUCAUGGUGUAAGCACCUUAGAAAUUACGGCAUGUGAACCUUCAGAUAGUGGAAUGUUUCGUUGCUUUGCUACAAAUCCGUUAGGUACCGAUGAAACAUCUGCUUUAGUUCAUGUUGAAGAAUUACGUCGAACACGACGUGCUCAUUCAGCUCGACCAGGUGAUGGUGAUGCAAGUCGACCACGUUCGCCAUCACCAUCUCGUGCGUCAGGUAAAGAUUCAAGUUGGCGUGAUAAAUUAGGUGCUGGAGAAAAACCUGCACGUGACACACUUGACGUCGAAAAACCAAAACGUAAAGAACGACGUGAUCCACCGAAAUUUAAUGAACAACUCUCGGAUGUUACAGUCUUUGAAGGUGCUACAGCUAAAUUUCGUUGUGAAGUUAAUGGUAAACCAACACCUAGAAUUGAAUGGUUGAAGAAUGGCGAAUCUUUACCAUCUGAAUCUCGUAUUCAAGAAACAUAUGAUGAUGAUGUUGCAAUAUUAGUCAUCAAAAAAGUUAAAUUAGAUGAUAAUGGAGAAUAUAUCUGUCGCGCUAAAAAUGAUGAAGGUUCGGAUACAUCAAGUGCUCAGCUAACUGUUAAAGCUCAUGUACCUGGUGAAAAUGAAGAUGUAUAUGCUGCAUCUUUAACACAAGAAGAUGAAACAACUGUUAAAGCUGAAUCACAAGCAACAAGUGAAGAAACUCUUACUUCGACUUCUGCUCCUGAACCAGCUGAAGGUGUUGCUAGUGACACAGCUGCUAAAGUUGAAGAAAAACUUCCAUCAGAAGCUGCUGCUGAAGUUCCUGAAAGUGCUAAUAUUACAACAGAACCAGCACCAGUAGAAGCACCCAUUGGUACUGAACCUACACCCGCACCAGCUGAGGAACCAACUCCAGCACCUGAACCAACACCUGCACCAGAACCUGAACCAGCUAAACCAGCUGCUGGUAAAGCUGCUCCAGCCAAAAAGCCAUCAACACCAGCUGCACCUGAGAAGAAACUAUCUGGAGCUGCAGCUUUAAAAAAGCCUGAACCAGCUAAGAAAACUGAAGAAAAGAAAGAAGCUGAACCAGCAAAGAAAGUUGAAGAAAAGAAAGAACCUGCUAAGAAACCUGCUGAUGAUAAGACAAAGAAAGCAUCAACAGUAGAUGAUAAGACAAAAAAAACAUCAACAGUAGAUGACAAGAAAAAAGCAGAAGAAGCUAAAACUACAGCUGCUGCUCCUGCUCCUGCUGAAGAACCGGCACCGCCAGCUGAACCGGAAAAGAAGAAGGAGGAAGAGCCUGUGCCUGAACCUAAGAAAGCCGAAGCGGAACCUGAGCCUGAACCUGAACCAAAGAAAAAAGAAGAAGAAGAAGCACAAGAAAAACCAGCUGAAGCUAUAGCAAAAUUUACUAAACAUAUUAAAUCUCAAAAUUUAAUGGAAGGUGAUCCAUUAACACUUGAUUGUAUGGUUGAAGGUGGUGAUCAAGAUAUUAAUGUAACAUGGUUACGUAAUAAUAAAGAGAUCCCCGAAAAUCCAGAUUUUCGACGGGAACAUGACGGAAAUAUAUUUAAAUUAGUCGUCACUGAAGUAUUUCCUGAAGAUUCAGGUGUCUUUUCCGCUUUAUUAAAAGGUACAUUAGCAUCUGAAACACGUGUUUCAUCUUGUUCAGUCAUUAUUCAAGCACGCGAUGAAGAACCACUUGAUCCAUGUUUCGGACAAUUUCCACAAAGUGUUAGUUUAGAAGAAGGUGGCAGAGCAAAAUUUUCAUGUAAACUUUCGGGUUCAACACCUAUGACAGCUGAAUGGAAUUUCAAUGGCAAGCCUCUUGAUCGUGAAUCAAGUCGAUUUACAUUUACAAACAAUGAAACUGAUUUUUCACUUGAAAUUCCUGUUGUUUUAGCAACAGAUGAAGGUCAAUAUCAUGUAACUGUUUCAAAUGAUAAAGGAGAAAUUACUGCUGCAUACAGUAUACAUGUCGAUCAAUCGUAA